GGGCGAUCAUAUAUAUACUUCGUCGGACUAUCACCGGGCACAAACCCGCGUUAACUCGAAACCACCAUGGAUAAAUUCGCACAAGUAGCUAUCGUCCUGGCUUUGGCCGUAGUCGCCGUCUCCUCAGCCCCAGCCCCGCAGCUCUACUACUCGCAGCCGGCCAUCGCCUCGCAGUCCUCCAACAUCCUCCGCACCCCCGGGAACCUCGGCCAGAUCUCCACCUACACCAAGGCCAUCGACACCCCAACCAGCAGCGUCCGCAAGUCCGAUAUCCGCAUCAGCAACGACGCCCUCGCCUACCCGGCCGUCACCGCCUACCACGCGCCCGCCGCCGUCGCCUACCAUGCGCCUGCUGCCGUAGCCACCUACCACGCUCCGGCCGCCGCCGUAGCCACCUACCACGCCCCGGCCGCCGCCGUAGCCACCCCCGUCGCCAGCCACAGCCUUCUCGGCGUCGCCUACUCCCCCGCAGCCUCCGUCUCACACGUCACCUUCGACGGAUUCGGAGCCCAUUACGUACUAUAAGCACCCCUUCGCAAUCACCCCACACUGAGAAAAAAAGUCUAGUUUUGGGUAUCGUUUUUUGAGUGGUAUACUGCCGUGCUAAGGAAGAACGCGAAUGAGCCUUCAGGCAUUGCCAAAUAUCCUUCCAUAAAAUGCCAAUUGAAAGGGAAAUUUGUAGAUUUUUGUCCUCCAAUUUUCCUGAGAAUUCAUUAUUCAUUACAUCUAACUUAAAAUUUCAAGAGAAAAUGUUCGUAACUCUCCUGAAAUAUUAAUCAGUUACUGGAGGAUAUUUGGCAACUCUUGAAUGUUCAUAUGGCGUUUUCUCGUAGCAAGGAAGUUUAGAUCACUGUAUUUUUUGCUUCGCAUAACCGUGAAAUUCGGUGCACUUGAGGGGACCGAACAUCAGCGUUUUUGGUGACCGAAAUUCAGCUACUGAAACGAGUUUCCCAUUAUGUAAAUACGAAUAAUCCGUCGGGUCAAAUGCACUCUUGAAAUAUUCGGUUGGCCGGACCGUGUGAUACAGUGGUUUAUAUCAUCGGGAACUGGUAUCUACUGCUGGGCAUUUUUUUUUCUUCAGUGUGCAUCCACACAACUUGCGAGAAAGAGUGAACUCGCAUCGUUUAAAUCGUUUAAUCUGAAGCAUUUUGAUUUGAAAAAAGUGCGGUACGUAUUUUUAAUUGCCGUUCUUCAUGCUCAACAGCAUUACACUUCUAGUCUCAUAUGCGUUGCGAGUGGCUGCUUUCUUGCGGGGAAUCACAUUUCAUCGUCAUUUGCUACCGUAUCUUCUACUCACUCAUCGUUUCUUGCCGUUUAUCAGAUACAGCAAUGAUCUUAGCGAUCAACACAGAAUUUUUUCCCUUAGUUUUUUGGAUAAAAAACUUUCAUGUGGAUGAUCUAGCUAAGAAUCCUGAAUACCCAACAUCUCACCUUUCACUGUUUAGCUCACUUAUUUAUUUCUCUUAUCUUCUUUAUGUCCUCACACUUUUUCGUUUUCAUAAUUUGGUUUAAAUUGUUACUUUUUGUGACUCACUGCCUGAUUCUUUGUUCCUAUAAUUAUAACAGUAGAAAUCCAUUCAAA